UUCUCUAAAAGAUUUUCUGUGUAUUUUCAAGGUGAUCUCGCCGAUAUGUUGUCUUUUACGGAAAAGAGAACAUCCUCAGCUAAGCUAGCAGAGUGGAGUCCGUCAGACUGGCCAGAAUCUCUACGAGAAAUGAGGACGAUCGACAAUCUGCUGCGAUGUUCUAUUUGCUACGAAUUUUUUGACGUCGCAUUGAUAACUCCAGAAUGCUCCCACAACUAUUGCUCACUUUGCAUCAGGAGAUCCCUCAGUUAUGACACAAAGUGCCCCACUUGUUCCUUGAAAGUCACUCCUCUUAGUUUGAAAAAUAAUAGGGUAUUGGAUGAAUUAGUCAAAAAUUUCAUUAAAGUCAGAACAAAACUCCUAGAGCUAACAACAAAUACAGUGCAGGUCACAAGUUUACAGUCUGGAGACAAAAAGGGUGGUGAAGCAAAAAAUGAAAAAAGCAUCAACACCUCUAAAAAAAAAACAAAAAGGAGAAAGUCAAGUUCUCAAAACAAUACAACCUCUACAAGUCCAGACACAAAGAGACAGAAACUUGAUGCAGAGAAUGAACAAGACUUGAUUCUGGUUGAAGUAGCUGAAAAUGAUAAGGAGGAAAACUCAAGCAGACAAUCAACCCCAGAGGUUGCAGUCAUUGAAAUGGAAAAACAAGUGCAAGAACCACAGCCAUCAGAACCACAAUCAUCAGAACCACAGCCAUCAGAAUCACAGCCAUCGGAGCCACAGCCAGUUAGCAUCAGUGAACAUAGAUCUGAUGAAAGACAACCAUCACAGCCACAAGAUCCAGAGUUAGCUGAGUGUCCAGUUUGUGGUGACAUGAUCCUGCACAGGAAAAUUAAUUCUCAUCUUGAUGCUUGCCUUAACAGAACAGAAAAGAAAAGUUCUUUACGAAUCAGGAAAAAAUCAAGUGAACCCUCAACUAGUAAAUCAAGCAAGCGCAAGAGUCUAGUUGAUGUAGGGCUGCAAGAUUCACCUGCUUGUUCAAGUAGUGAACCAGGAUCAUCUACAACAGAGCAAGAAGUUUCUUUCGCAGCAGUAUCAUCCAACAUGACAAUUAAAGGCUCUAAUGCUUUGAUCCGAAUGAUUCAGAGAAGAAAGCCUCUUCCAAAACUUGUAUACAAUGUCAUGUCAGACAAGGAAUUACUAAAAAGAUUAAAAGAAUGGAAUUUAUCAACAAAGGGAAAUCGAACAACACUUAUCAAAAGACAUCAAGAAUUUGUAAUGCUUUACAAUUCACAGUGUGAUUCAGAAAAGCCCAUGACAGCUGCACAAAUUGUAAGGGAAGUGGAAAAAGCUGAGCUAACAAAGGAGAGAGAGGCAGCAUCUGUAGCUGAAGCUCCUACAUCUCAUGGUGUUCAUUUUACAAAAGAUCAAAGCCAGGAAGAGAUGGACCAAAUUCGUCAGGAAUACUUGAAUCAACAUAAAAAUGAGUUUGAAAAGCUGAUAGCUGAUAUGCAAAAGAGAAAGAAAGGGCAAAGAAAUAAAUCUGCCAAAAAGACUCCAGAAAGUGAAAGUUUGGAGGUGUUAAAGACUGACCCCACUGAUGAAGACGUGGACAAGAUAGACCAAGAAAAAAGUGACACUUAUGAGCAGGAAAUCAUGGAAAGCAGAAAGAUAUCACAAUCAAGUGAUCAAACAUAUCCACCUUUCUUUAGGAAAAGCACUGCUGCUUCAGGUUUAUCAAAAGAUGACAACAGCAGGACUUCAUCAGUCAUCCCAGAGCCACCAUCUUCUCCAAGUCUGGUGUCCUUGGAGGAGGAUGAGCCAGGUACGCCAUCACUAGGCUUAGAGGAUGAUGAUUGGGACCUUAAAGAUGAAGAAUCAGAGGAUCCCAGUGUUAUUCCAGAAAGCCCAGUGAUAAAAGUUGGUUCAAAAACAGGAGAUGAAAGAACAGACAAGGAUACCGACAGUGAUGAGGAGUGUCAACUGACAUUUUUUAAGAAUAAAAAGGUCAAAUCUAACCUGUUUUAAUGUAGGUUUUGCCCUAUAGUGCAAAAUUUUAAUUCUUGUAAUCAUUAACCUCCUAACCUCUUUGAUCAGAAAGGUAACUCUCUCAACUGAUAUCGUCAGCAAGUGAGGAGAGAUGUUACAUGUAUAUACUUAAAUGUUAUUUUACAAUUAAUUAUAUUCCUAAUUCUCAUCACCACUUUUUUUUUGAAACUACAUCAGUGCAAGGAGAAUGAAGUACAAAUUAAGCUACAAAUUGUUUUAAAUAUGAAAAUCUUGAAAUUCAUUGUAGAAGAUUUUGAAGUCUAUAUCAAUUCAAUUGUGAGAAACUGUAUUUAAAGACUAGGUGUGUCUUGAAUACUUCCAUCAAAAAUAUCCUUACCCAUUCAGCCGUGUCCAAAUUUGAAAAUAUCAGUUUGCAAAGUUAAAUUAUAAUUAGUUCAAAAAGUUUAAAUUGCAAUUCAAAAUUCAUGUACUGAUUGUGAAGCUCAUUCAGUGGUGCAGAAUACAUUUUAUAUUCCUCAAAGAAGCAGUUAAAAUUGAUGUCUAUGAGCAGGAUAAAAUGGGUCAAAGUAACAACUUAACUUUGAAAAAUCUGUUAAUUUCUGACACAGUGAAGAGCUGUAUAGCAUUACUAUACUAUUACUUUGUAAAUAACUGAAGAAAUAUAUAAUUCUGAAAUAUUUUUUAUUAAUAAUAGUGUGAUAAAUGAGGCACAAGUUACUACUAUUGGUAAGAAAUUUAGUCUAAUGUAGAAUGUUAUUUUUCCUGUAAAGCAACAGGUCAAACACUGAAUUCCGACCCAAUGUAUAAAGCACUAGUUGUGAAAGAGCAAUGAAAGGCUCUAAGAAAAGCAUUGUGGACUAUAUUCUCUUCAGUCUUCUUUUCAUUACUUUGUUCUUGCUUUUUCAUCCCUACCAACACUACCCCUCUCGCAGUCCUUCUGUAUGUACACACCAAGACACUUCAACUACAAGCAGUCCUUCACUUUAGCAAAGUCCAUCAUGCGAGCUACACGAGUGAGGCAUUUGAAAAGUAGCCUCACUCAUGGAGCUCCUGCAGUGCAUCGAGGUCACUCUGAGAACUUCCCAUGGCACGCUAACAUUAAUUUUUUUCCCCUGUUUUUCUUUUACUGGCUCAACAGACAUUGCUGAAAAGAAGGGACUACUUGUAGUCUAGUUCACACUUUCCCUCCAUAUUUAAAGUACAUGCUUCUCCCCAAAAUAUGUUUAUACAGUUUCUUUUUUUAUUUAUGCAAAGGAUUGAUUAAAGGUAAAGAAAUGAGCACACAAAGACUUGAUGACAAUUAUGAUCAUUUGUUUAAUUGUUUUUAAGUUUGUAUGGCCAUCAUGGACUUUGACAACUUAAUAUGGGAAGAGAACUGAGGUCUGAGAAAAAAUUGUAAAAAUGUAAUUUAAUGUACUGUAAUGCCAGUUAUUUACAGGCAAAAGCCUUCACACAAGUUUCAUAUUACCCCAUGAACUAAACAAAUAGAGCUACACCAACAAAUUAGUAACAUCCUAAUAAUUGAGAAA